ACGCGGCACGCGCGCAUGCGGCCGAUCCUGUUGAAGGGGCACAAGGGGCCGCUGACAUGCGUGAAGUACAACAAGGAUGGCGAUCUCCUCUUCACCACAUGCAGAAGAGGAGGCGUGAACCUGUGGUACAGUGACGAUGGGGAGAGGAUCGGCACGUACAACAACCAUAAUGGUGCCGUCAUGUACGUCGACGUCAACUUUGCUUGCACUCGUCUUGCCACAGCAUCUAUGGACGCCACAGCUCGUAUCUGGGAUGUAGAGACUGGCAAAGUCCUGCGCGAGUUCAAGACCCAAGCAGGAAACCGCUGCGCGAGCUUCGCAACGGGAGAUAAGCGACUUGCAGUCCUCACUGACCCAUGGGGCGAUCAGCCGUGCUGCAUUCAGAUCUUUGACACGGAGAGCGGCGACAGCCCUGUGAUGAGAAUACCGAUGGAUGUUGGUGUCGCCAAGGCCACGAGGGCUCUGUGGGGCCCUCUCAACAAGAAGAUUCUUGUCAGCAACGAAGCUGGUGGAAUCCUUUCCUAUGAGGCAGCGACCGGUGAAUGCUUGAUCGAGCGCUGCGACUUCGAGCAGGAGAUCCCAGACUUCACCUACUCUCAAGACAUGAUGACUUUCAUUGUUGCCUCCAAGGAUCAUACUGCGAUGUUGUACGAUACAAACACGUUGGAGCCGAUCAGGAAGUAUGUCAGUGAUAGGCCCAUCAACAGUGCAGCCAUCUCUCCCCUCAUGGACCAUGUUGUUAUCGGUGGUGGUCAGGAUGCUUCUGCGGUUACCACGACAGCCGGACGCUCUGGAAGAUUCCAGGCGCUCUUCUACCACAAAAUCUUUGAGAACGAGAUCGGCAGCGUUCAGGGUCACUUCGGCCCCAUCAACUCGCUGGCCUUCAACCCUGACGGCCGCAGUUUCACGAGUGGAGGAGAGGACGGUUAUGUUCGCGUUCACCACUUUGACCCGGAGUACUUCUCCCUUGAGUAGAAGGCAAGGAUUGUAUAGCAAGGCAACCUAUGAACGAUCGAGCAUUUCAACAGCAGAUUAUUUUUUGACAUAUGCUAAGAUAAGAGUAUGCAUUUUGAUUUCUUGUAGCGUUUGAGUGAAGGACGUGUAACC